CCGGACAAGCAGGUUUGCCAUAGCUACAGUGCGGGACAGCAUAAAUCCCCCCAAACUUAGCGCACGUUAGAAAAUUCGCCCUGCGUAUUUAUAGACAUUCUUACAUAUGCACGUGAUCGCCGUGAGAAGCCCUACAGAAUGACGUCGGUUUUGACCACGUGGUUUGCAAGAUAACGAAUUUAGAUUAGCGAGUGUUGAUUGGCUGUCUAACAGGUGUGGCUGCAUUAUGAUUGGUUGAUGGCACAUUAUUGCCAUGGAUACCGUAUUCUCUUAGUCCCCUCACUGCCAUCAUUAUGGACGCCACGCGUUGGAGUAAGAGGAAGAAACAAUUAGAAAGGGUUGAAGCUAUGAAUGAAAAAAGGCUGAAGCUUAGACCAUCUGAAGAGGAGGGGGCCCCUUCGGAACCAGCGUGUCAGGCAGAGGCAGGCGCUGAAACACUAGACGGGGACAGCGAUUCGGUGCAGUCUUUUAGCGAUGAUGAUGUUUGGAGUUGUCUGGAUGAAUGGGUAAGAGCUUUGGGAAUCGUAGAUCUAAAGAUGCUGUCGUUGUUGCUUUUCGAGUUUUACCGCAGGGAGACAUCGCAGACCGUCAAAAGGGCCGCAGAUGUUGUGUCGCAGAUAGUACACAAAAAUGAGGGCACCAUCAGAGAUUGGCAGAACAACUUUAGACGCAACUGCGGUGAGUUUCUAGAUGGCAGAGGUCACUAUCAGCGGAGCAGCAUCAUGCAUGACGAGGAAUAUCGACGGAAAGCAAGUAGGUGGGCUCGACAGCACGGCUGCACCAAGGGAAAGCCCAAUAUGACCGCCUCUGACUUCUGCUGCUACAUUAACACCGACCUUCUACCCAACACCUCCCAUAGUCCAGGUUUUUCGCCGAGAAUUAGUGUGAAAACAGCAUGCAGGUUUUUGUGUGACCUAGGUUUUCAGCGAGUGGAUUCGAGCAAGAAGGGCGUGUACAUUGACGGUCACGAAAGGCAAGAUGUGGUAGAAGAACGUACUAGAUAUUUAGACCGUGUGCAUGCAAUAGAAUCUAACCAUCUACCUCCUCCCAGUCCAUCUGAUGUUUUGCAGGAACACCAGUCCGGUCAUAUGAAGGACCAAUCAGCCACUAAAUGGUUAGUUACGAUCUUUCAUGAUGAAUCAACUUUUCAGUCUAACGAGGAUCAGCGUUACAUGUGGUGCCAGCCAGACCAGACUGCAAUCAAGCCAAAAUCAAGGGGUUCAGGUAGGAUGGUAAGCGACUUCAUCGACGAAUUUAGUGGUUAUCUAAGACUGAGUCCCUCAGAGGUGGAAGCAGCUAGAGUUAUUAAUCCAGAAAUCACUAAUGAGGCUAGGCAGAUUAUAGAAUACGGAGAGAACAGGGAUGGAUACUGGACGGGUGACAAGUUUAUGUCUCAAGUAAAACGUGCUGUGGCUAUUGCAGAGAUCAAAUAUCCUAGUCAGAGUUAUGCUUUGUUGUGGAUAUUUGAUCACAGUUGUAAUCAUACUGCGAAAUCACAUGAUGCACUAGUUGCUAGUCGCAUGAACGUGGGAUUAGGAGGAAAACAACCACCUAUGAGGGACACCAUGUAUCAGGGAAAAGAACAGAAACUUGUCACUGGAGAGGGAGUUCCGAAGGGUCUAAGGAUGGUCUUAACAGAGCGUGGCAUUAAUGUUAGUAAUAUGUGUAGAGAUCAGAUGGUGUCUGUCUUGUCUGAGCAUGAUGAUUUUGCAAAUGAAAAAUCUUCUGUAGAGUUAUACUUAGAAUCUAGAGGUCAUUAUUGUUUGUUCAUCCCUAAGUAUCAUUGUGAACUUAAUCCUAUAGAGAGAGUGUGGGGGCAUGCGAAAAAGUAUACUAGGGCAUAUUGUAAUUAUUCAAUUACUGGCUUACGUAAAACUAUGACACCUGCUCUAGAGACUGUUGAUGUUGAUUUAAUCAGGAAAUUUUUUAGAAAAGCUAGGGAUUAUGUUCGAGCAUACAGAGAAGGCAAGAGGACUGGAAAGGAAGUGGAGGAUGCUGUGAAGUUGUACAAGAGUCAUCGAAGGGUCAAGGAGAACAGAUAGCUAGCGUUUCUAUUGAACUUAAGUGUUUAGACAUGUUAGAAUAAUGUUUCAGUCGCGUCUUGUAUUAUGUAAACUAGAUCACGUGACCAAUUGUAUAUUUUUAUUAUCA